AACUACUUAUUAAUGCGGAUGGACAUUUCUGGAUGACGUGUGCACCUCCAUACUAUAUAACACACUGCUAGACAAUACUCCCGCAAUUCUACAAACAAAGAAGGAAGAGAAGUUUGUGCUGUAGAGCAGUUUCUGACGUCACUUAUCAGUCGUGCAAACAUGCAGAUCUUUGUGAAAACCCUCACUGGCAAGACCAUCACCCUGGAGGUUGAGCCAAGCGACACCAUUGAGAAUGUCAAGGCCAAAAUCCAGGACAAGGAAGGCAUUCCCCCUGACCAACAGAGGCUGAUCUUUGCUGGCAAGCAGCUGGAAGAUGGCCGCACCCUCUCUGACUACAACAUCCAGAAGGAGUCCACCCUCCACCUUGUCCUGCGUCUCAGGGGUGGCAUGCAGAUCUUUGUGAAGACCCUCACUGGCAAGACCAUCACCCUGGAGGUUGAGCCAAGCGACACCAUUGAGAACGUCAAGGCCAAAAUCCAGGAUAAGGAGGGCAUUCCCCCUGACCAGCAGAGGCUGAUCUUUGCUGGCAAGCAGCUGGAAGAUGGCCGCACCCUCUCCGACUACAACAUCCAGAAGGAGUCCACCCUCCACCUUGUCCUGCGUCUCAGGGGUGGCAUGCAGAUCUUCGUGAAGACCCUCACUGGCAAGACCAUCACCCUGGAGGUUGAGCCAAGCGACACCAUUGAGAACGUCAAGGCCAAAAUCCAGGAUAAGGAGGGCAUUCCCCCUGACCAGCAGAGGCUGAUCUUUGCUGGCAAGCAGCUGGAAGAUGGCCGCACCCUCUCUGACUACAACAUCCAGAAGGAGUCCACCCUCCACCUUGUCCUGCGUCUCAGGGGUGGCAUGCAGAUCUUCGUGAAGACCCUCACUGGCAAGACCAUCACCCUGGAGGUUGAGCCAAGCGACACCAUUGAGAAUGUCAAGGCCAAAAUCCAGGAUAAGGAGGGCACCCCUGACCAGCAGAGGCUGAUCUUUGCUGGCAAGCAGCUGGAAGAUGGCCGCACCCUCUCUGACUACAACAUCCAGAAGGAGUCCACCCUCCACCUUGUCCUGCGUCUCAGGGGUGGCAUGCAGAUCUUUGUGAAGACCCUCACUGGCAAGACCAUCACCCUGGAGGUUGAGCCAAGCGACACCAUUGAGAACGUCAAGGCCAUCCAGGAUAAGGAGGGCAUUCCCCCUGACCAGCAGAGGCUGAUCUUUGCUGGCAAGCAGCUGGAAGAUGGCCGCACCCUCUCCGACUACAACAUCCAGAAGGAGUCCACCCUCCACCUUGUCCUGCGUCUCAGGGGUGGCAUGCAGAUCUUUGUGAAGACCCUCACUGGCAAGACCAUCACCCUGGAGGUUGAGCCAAGUGACACCAUUGAGAACGUCAAGGCCAAAAUCCAGGAUAAGGAGGGCAUUCCCCCUGACCAGCAGAGGCUGAUCUUUGCUGGCAAGCAGCUGGAAGAUGGCCGCACCCUCUCCGACUACAACAUCCAGAAGGAGUCCACCCUCCACCUUGUCCUGCGUCUCAGGGGUGGCAUGCAGAUCUUCGUGAAGACCCUCACUGGCAAGACCAUCACCCUGGAGGUUGAGCCAAGUGACACCAUUGAGAAUGUCAAGGCCAAAAUCCAGGAUAAGGAAGGCACCCCUGACCAGCAGAGGCUGAUCUUUGCUGGCAAGCAGCUGGAAGAUGGCCGCACCCUCUCUGACUACAACAUCCAGAAGGAGUCCACCCUCCACCUUGUCCUGCGUCUCAGGGGUGGCAUGCAGAUCUUCGUGAAGACCCUCACUGGCAAGACCAUCACCCUGGAGGUUGAGCCAAGUGACACCAUUGAGAAUGUCAAGGCCAAAAUCCAGGAUAAGGAAGGCAUUCCCCCUGACCAGCAGAGGCUGAUCUUUGCUGGCAAGCAGCUGGAAGAUGGCCGCACCCUCUCUGACUACAACAUCCAGAAGGAGUCCACCCUCCACCUUGUCCUGCGUCUCAGGGGUGGCCAAUAAAUAAUUCAAUGUUUUUAUUUACUUUGCAACAAAACCUAACUGAAUAAAAGAUUAGAUUAAUUCUAGGGUGGUUUCCUUUGAUUUAAAUGUUGAAUUAAUACAGCCUUACUAAAAUGCCCUUGCAUAAUAAAUCAUCUUAUGCUGUAUGUUAAUCGACUUGUGUUAUGUUAAGUUGGGUUUUUGAUGGCUUAAUAAAAAUUUGAAUAAACUCAGA